CCUCACCACACUACAUUCUUACAGUAGUCCCCCGAUCUCAGUGGAGAGCUAGAAUUACACUCCAAUCACAGAACUGCAAUGUCGACGAUCACUUCCUGCACCCUUCUGAGGAGUGUGACGGCAGUGCGGCCGGCAAUUUCCUCUGGCAGGCAGUUUCAGUCCGGGAAACCAGCAGCGGUGGCUUCCCAUUCUUCCCAAUGGAGGUCCCGGCCCCUUUCUGUGUGUCGUGCAAUCAGCCCAAAAGGGGAGCACAACCCAAAGACGGAUUUGCAUCCAUUUAAUAUCCCUGCAUUUGUUCUGGUGCAUCCGGUGUCACCGCGUGAGGAACGGUGGCAUGUGGAGGAGGAGCCCGGCAAGGUGAACCUGUGGUUCGAGGUGCCUGGGCAGUCCAGGGAGGACCUCGCCGUGGAGAUCGACGAGGACGUGCUCGUCAUCAAGAAGAAGAAGAUCCAUGUCGCCGCCGGGGACGUGGGCCAACGGAACACUGGCGGCGGCGGCACCGAUUAUCGUCCCCAGGGCAAUAAUAGAAGGAGCACGGCAGCCGCCGGCGAAGCAGGCAAGGAGGCGGCACAGGACGGCGAGGUGAUCUACGCGCGGCUGCUCCUCCCGGCGGGGUACAACAAGGAGGGAGUGGAGGCCGAGCUCAAGUCCGGCGUCCUGAGGGUCAGCAUCGCCAAGAUCAAGGACCAGGCGCGCAGGAAGAUCAGCGUCGACAUCGACGUCAAGUAGAAACGCACUGUCAUACGCAUGACGGAGCGCUUUUGAUCUUUCCAACAGGCUCAUGAAUUGAUACGUACUGUAUAUGUACAGCGCGGUCGGCUCAUGUACUCGAUCGCGUCCGUCAAGCAUACCUUCGUGUUGGCUUUCUGUUCCCAAAUACUCAAAUCAAUAAAAUGAGCGUUCGUUGUUGUUUACGCAA